AUGGAGCAACCAUCAUAUAAGUACCGUUGGCCGUGCCUCGACUGCAUCUGGUUCCUCCAUCAUACAUUUAGUUUCGACUCAAUCAAUUCUCUUCAAGGGCCCUCCAGUACCACUAUCAAUUACACAUCAGCCACCCAGUCCAUCUUCAACCCGAUCCUUACAAUGGCUUACAAGAGUGUUGCUCUCGUCGGUGCCAGUGGCAACCUAGGACAGAUUACUCUCCCCGCCUUCCUCGAGUCCGACCUUGAAGUCACCGCCAUCGUCCGAUCCACCUCUACAGCCACCUUCCCCGAGGGCAUCAAAGUCAUCAAGACCGAGUACAACCUCGGGGACCUGACCGAGGCCCUGAAGGGCAAGGAUGCCGUCGUCAGCAUGAUUCCUAUCGUCUCUCUAGAUCAGCAGGCCGUGGUCAUCGACGCCGCUAUUGCCGCUGGCGUCAAGCGGUUUAUCCCUAGCGAAUAUGGAUCAGAUACUAGAAGCGAGAAGGUCUUGGCUGCCGUGCCCUUCUUCAAGGUCAAGAAGGAUUACUUGGACCUCCUCAAGACCAAGGAGGAUGUUAUCAGCUGGACUGCUCUCUUCACCGGACCCUUCUUUGACUGGGGUCUACCUCUGGGCUUCUGGGGCUUCGAUCUGGCCAACCGAAAGGCUCUCUUGGUCGACGAGGGCAAGGCCACAUUUACCACUAGCAACGGAGCCCAGAUCGGCCGCGCUCUUGUUGGUAUCCUAAAACACCCUGAGGAGACCUCCAACAUCAUCGUUGCCGUCGAGUCCUUCACCACCAGCCAACUUGAGACCCUCGAAAUCUUGGAGAAGGUCACCAACACCAAGUUCGAGCGCAAGUACCAGACCUCCGAGGAGCUCCGAGGGGAGGCUUUCAAGUUGUUGAGUGAGGGCAACAUCAAUGAUGGAGGCGCCAAGCUAAUCAGUGCCCUUGUUUUCGGCAAGGAGAACUUGGAGGACCACAAGCAUCUGGACCUUGGCAAGUGGAAUAAGCUCCUUGGUCUUCCUACUGAAUCAAUUGAAGAGACCAUUGAGCGUGUUAUCAAGGGCCAGACUUAA